UUGGGUCAUAUGUACAAUUUUGACUAGCAGAAUUUUUCUGCGCGCUCGUAUCUUAAAGCAAGAAUGUCGUUGUCGAAGCAUGUGUUUCCUCCUUUGACUUCUCUUCCUCUUUGCCUCCCUCGUUACUAUGGAGGUGUGAUCCUUGUGGGUGUAGGUGCAUUUGGGCUGAACAUGUACUUCAUACGACGGGUUAUAAAGGCUCGUAAGGAACACAAUGUCGAAUUACCUCUUAUGUACCAUCCAACUAACAAAGUCUUCAAUUGUAUUCAGAGGGGGCACCAGAAUUAUUUAGAAGUUCUGCCACUUUUCCUCAUGACGCUGUUUGUUGGCGGUUUGCGUUAUCCGCGCACGUAUACUGCCUGUGGUAUAAUAUUUCUUAUUGGCCGUUUGCUGUAUUUCAAUGGUUAUUCUACUGGAGGUUAGUGCAACUAUACUAUAUACAUAUAACGCUUGUUGGUCCGUCUGUGUUGUAUUGUAAGUUGACUUUUGGGUAUAUUGUUUUCAAAGCUUGAGAACUCAUUUCCUACGCUCUCAGACCGAAAGUUCACAUACAAACCUUAUCUUUAACAUGCUCAUUGGUAAGAUUGUUAUGUUCAUUGGGUGAAUAAGUCUAGCAGUGGUUUUCGUCAAAAUUUAAAGUUUUUAAGAGUGAUUUCAGAAAAGAAAUAGAACUAACACCAGGCAAAUAUUGUGGUUUCACAAUGGGGGGUUUAAAAACCGCCGAACUUCCUUGUGAGUUGCUUGAAAGUUAUCAUACCUCAUUUAUUUAGGUAGAGGCUAAGGCAAAGUUAGCGUUUUGGCAUCCAAAUUCAGUUGCUUUUCAAGGAGGAUCUGAGUGAGCACCUGCAUACUUGAGUGCAUUUAUUUAGUCCUUUCCUAGCUGUUUCUCUCCCUAGUUUGGAUAGUCUUUUAUUGAGAGCUCUAUAUCUGCCCACUUUAUUCCGAUAACUUCAGUGACUACAGAACAACUUGUAAGUGGUUGUUUGGAAUUUAGUUAACCAAGGGUGUCGAAUUAUAGCGGUUAUUAUGCGUUCUUAUCUUCAAAUCUACCCAGAUCACAUAAGUAAUAAUCCUCUCAAGCGAAAAUACAAAGAAUUAGGACUUUUUGAGAUUGUCAUGGGGUUGCUUCUCACAUCUUUAGCGUCUGUUAAGUGCGUAGAUGUAACUCCAACUUAUCUGUACUAUCGGUAACCUAAAGUGAGUAAAAAAGUUGGAAAACGGUUUAGCCAUUCCAUUUUACAAGGCAGCCAGGUCAAGACUUGGUUAAAUUAUCGAAUCAAAUAUCUGAGACACGUUGUGGAUCUCUAGUCAACUUUUACCCCCAUUUCACGAUUGCGUUAAGUAGGUUUAGGAUUGAAAAAAGGUUAUGAACGGUUGGAACGAAACAUGACAUCACUUCCUGGAUUCUCAGAUGGUUGCUCUUAUCCAUGUGGGGGAACUUGGAUUUCCCGACUUCUGCCAGUGUAACAACCUGACCGGUAACUACUGCCUUAACGUGGCGGUCUAGCUUGGGUGUCGCAAUAAUCCGAGCUACUCUCUGGGACCCUUGUCCCUUCGAGGUUCUGCCAUUCCAGAAAGGUCUGUUUGAUAGUGGUAAAUUAAAAAGUUGCCGUUACAAAGGGAAGUUACACACUGAUAGGUGUCCGAGGGUGAAGGCGUACCGCUGGCUGACGGGUAUGAAAACUGUGAUGUUUCCCUUAAAUGAUCAGCAAAAUCAUGCUGAUACUACCUUCCCUACGGGAGUUAGCAAAGGUCGGCUCCAAGAACGGGCUUUUAAUGUCCAGCAUAAGCGUCGAAAACCAACCAAGAACCUAUCACCCAACAAAUAUGCAGGAAGAAGUGGAGAUGGAUUGGCCAUGCACUGAGAAGGCCGACUGAGGACAUCACGCGUCAGGCCCUCGAGUGGAACCCAGAUGGGAAGCGACGAGUUGGACGUCCAAGGGUGACAUGGAGGAGGUCGUGCGAGGAGGAAAUGAGAGCUUCUGGGCUGCCGUGGGACCAAGUCCAAAAGAUCUCAGAGAACAGAGGUCACUGGAGGCGUGCUACUGAGGCCCUAUGUUCCACUAGGAACCCAAGGGACUAAUAAUAAUAAUAAUAAAAUAAGCGUCGAAAUCACAAUCCACCAACCCUUAAAAGGCUGUUAGGCCUCAAGUAGAUAUCCUUUGGGCUGUGCGGUUGAAAACCCAUUUCAUUUUAUUUUUCAGAUGCCCCGCAGAAACAACUUUAUCGAUGUUGACAGCCGGGACGUGUCAACCGCCAACAUGCUUUCAGUAGCAUACGAGAUCCAAUUAAGCAUAACCUCUCACUUACUUUUGUUUUCUGCUACGCCUUCACCCGAUCCCAAUACUGAGCUUUUUACAACCUCUAUAACCUCACUCAGCGACCAUUGCCAACGAUCGAAACCAUAAAAACUUCAUUCCUAGUCUCCUAAGAUCACGCUAUUAGUUUCAUGGAGCUUUCAACGCCGAAACUCUUUGGCGAAUCAAACAGCAAGCAUCGCUCACCGAAACUUUGCAGUCUCAAGCCACGGAUGUAUGCUCUAUUUCUGAGAUAUGUAUACAGGACCCAAGUGUAGUUAUUAAGUUAACCUCAUCCGGUCUUCCUUAAAAUUCACCUUGCCUGUAAUCCUGAGACUGAUUAGCUCUCGUGAAGUCGCUAGCGUAAGCAUAACAUUAAUUUGUAGAGCAGAAAGCGCACUCCUCGGCUUGAUACUAGCCGACAGUCGUCUCUGUGCUACUCGAUUGAAUAGAUCCUUAAGUAGUUUAAUGUGCCAGUCCAGGCUGGCAAAUUAGACUGUUACCCAGCAGUGGUAAGUCUCAUAUUGGUGUCGACUGGGUGACUUAGUUGAGCAGCGGCAUCAGUCUUAAGUAUGACAAAGAAACCCCAGGAAGGCCGAAGAUUUGUCUGAUUAUACUAAUGUGUAGAGUCGAUAAAAACUGAGUACACAGCUGUCCUGCCAUUACUGACUCAGCGACCGAGGGUGUCUGCAAACAAACAGUCAUGUAAACUGACGUAAGCCAACUUUCACCAUAAUUGGUGUAGAAGUAAAAACUAAGUGUUUUAGGAUGAUCGAACUCAUCUCUAAAAUCUCUUACCGCCAUUCAGAGACUAUCAGUAUCGAAACUGGUGUUAGUGCGUGGCUCAAGUUGCCGCACCUCAUGUCAGCACAUCUAGCGGGAAUGCACCGAGAGGACACAAAGAAGCAGUUCGAAGUAGCAGAAAGUUGUGAAAAGAGAGCGAGAGGGAAUAAGACUACUGAAAUUCAGUAUGCCGAUUGAGAAUAGAAUAAUGUGUGUAUCAGUCUGCACCAAUGACAUGGACUAUGAGCCACAUCGAUUACCUUCUUCAACCGCUGGUUUCCGUUUCCACGUGAGCUCCAACUGGGAAGUCUACAUUUCCAUAGACGGCUCAGAUGUAGCAUUGAUACCAUAUUUUAGUCUGGCCGGUCGUAAACUUUUUUCAACGAAGUCUACUUCAGCUAACAUUGUGUGACGAGGCAGAUUGUAACUAGGCAUGCAUAACGAAUGUUCCACCUACCUAAGCGGUUAAAAUUUAACAAACUCAUCAACUUAUUUUCCUCUUCUCCCUAGAACUCUACAUCUGAUUUCCACACCGCUGACACGGUACUUAUUCUGCACCGUUUCAGUGAAAGACACUGCAAGAAGACCUGUGGAUCACUGAGGUCUAAUGGUGCCUUCAGGUCGAUAAACACAACUAGUUUCCGGUGUCGGUGUAUCUAUUCCAGAACCUGGCGAUGGGUGAACAUUUGGUUGACACACUAGCGACCACGUCUAAAGCCUGCUUGGCUUUCUCAGGUUUACCGUUCCCGAGCUCCACUCAGAUCUCUAAUAAUUAAAAUUUUAGACACUGUUCGUCAGGCUGAUUCCCCUGUAGUCCUCCCAAGAGAACUUCUCACCUGUCUACAUGACCAGUGAGCGUGGAUCAUAUCUGAAUAUCGUACACUUGUUAACAAUCCGGUUAAUCUGACCAAUAAUCCUCUACCACCGUCCUUAAAUACCUACAAUAUUACUCCGUCUCACCCUGAUACUCUUCCUCCUUUCAGAUUAAUUACAGCCUUCUAGACUUCCGUCUGUGUUACUGAUUUCAUCUCAAUGUUCUGAUGACGUUCCGACUAGAUAGCGCAUAACGAAAUAGUAACUGGAGGUCCCUCGAACUGUUCAUCGCAGUGUUCCACUCAUCGUUCCAGUUACCCUCUCCUGAGGGUGAAUCACUGACCCAUCCUACUACGCUAUAGUCUCACUAACCACUGACCUCCUCACCCCAGUUUCCUCGAUGAUUUUAAAUAGCUGUCCACUGUCCCAUCCAUUUAGCUUUCACUACCCACCAUUGUUCUCAAUCAGUGAGUAGACAUUUGUCAAUCUACAUUUGAGUUGCUCCCACUCCUCAUUGCACUCUGAGCCUGCAAGGAUGCGUUUAUGCACAUCCAUCAAUUCAGAAGAAGCUGUUUCUGAGAUUCACUGGCUCUUUCUUACCACUUUCUGAGAGUCGACUUCUGUCUUCAACGUUAUUUUUACUGCAGACUGUGCAUGGCGCCAACCUUCUAGGUGAGUGAUCUUGUUCUGUACCGAUAACAAUCUACUCAGUUCCUCUCUGAAAUGAGCCUUAGUGUUCUGUCCUCAUCGUCGCUGUGCACACACAAUGGUCUAGUUGUUGUCAUCCUUCCAAGCUCAUUUAAACGCAGACACACGUGCCCAAACCAACUUGUUAUCUCCAUUCAGCACGUACUCCAAAAGAAACGGCAAUCUUCCACCGACCCUCCGCAACCACUGUUGAAGUGGGUGAACUCCAUGUCAGAUAUUGUCUAUUGUUAUGUUAGAAGCUCGUUCUAAUCAUGAACAGGUAGUUGUCUGAGCACAAUUGUAGCAGGUGACCAAUGUUAUCUUCCUGUUCGGUUGGCAUUCCUAGAGUAGUGCAACUCAAGUGCCUUUCUGUUUGACUCAGUCUACCUACUUGUGCACUGAAAUUGUCCGCCUCUUCAACCCCAUCUGAGCGAUGUGCUUUCAAUAGGAGACUAGAUAUUUUCCGGUAGAACUAAUCCUUCACUCCAUUCGAAGUACAGUCGUUGGGUGGAUAAGCAGAGAUUACGAAGAGACAAUUGCGAGUGUCAUCAUUGUUUUUUUUGAUCCUGACUGUGCUGUUCAGUUAAAUACUGUAUAGGUGACUGUCACCUGGAUCCAGUCGAGCAGUGCACUUUCUGCCUGAGCACUUAAUGCUAUACAUACACCUACAAGCUCGCAGGAAACGGCUAUCAAAUGCAGGAACUCGAAGGGUGGAUUAUGCUAAUUUUUCAUAUUGGCAAGGUGUGGUUAAGUGAAUACCUAUGCGUGGUUCGUGUAUGCGUGUAUUACCAGCACAGCACGUUCAUGACCCCUGAGAUGCUAUAGUUUUGAUUAGGGAAUAUUGUUGGUCAGUUUGAGUAAGGGUGUAGAUAUGGAAGGCUCAGAUAUGUAGUUUGGAGCUUAGUUUCAGGGGACAUGAUAUGAACGUAUAUGAAAGUGGCAUUAUGAUUUUCUAAACAAACGUUGUGGGAUAAUUAUCGCGAGUAGAUUUUUGUCCUUUCUCGCUAAUGUUCCUCAGUGGUUUCUUGCUUGUUCACUCUAUAGAUAUGGAACCUAAUAUGUAUUUGGAAGUUUAUUUUUAAUCGCAUGUACCAGAUUUCUUCUUUUUCUUUCAUAAGAUCCUGCGAAGCGUCGUAUGGGUGCAGUUGCUAUGGCCGGUGGACUGCCAAUGAUAUUGAGUCUCUUCGUUUUUGGAGUACAACAUCUAGUGGCCAGUAUUAGGUAGGAUAUGUAAUAACUUGAUACUUUUAUUGUUAACAAAUGUGUUUUCCAACUAGUGAUUUUUUUCGAAUGAGGGAAAAUGUUCUGUAGCAGAAAGGAAUAGUGAUUUAAGAUUUUGGUGUGUGUCAACAUCUUAUUCCACUGAUAUCUAAAAUGGUUCAUACAAUUGUUUGUGUAUUUAUCAGCAUAUCAUUUGCCAACUGGAACACUGUCUACGUCAACUCGUAAUGUAAUGACUUAUUUUUUGGCUUAGGCGUUCGUAUUUUAAUCAGUGGGUCACUGAUUUGAAUACCAAUCCAUGUACCAAGUUUUUGGCAGUUAGAUAGUUUUGCUAAAUUAGUACAGUAUAGUCCAGCAGUUGAACUGGUGUAACUAUUCUGGGGUUUAUUCUUUUACUCUUUCCAAGUUUCCUGGUAUAAUCGACUCUUGGUUAGUACUGAAACUCGUUCUGUUGAAACAUGCAUACUUGGUUGUUAGUUAGGAAAGUCCUAUUUACUACCUUCAAGUGAAUGGAUUGCUUUCACAAAUCAAAAGGUAAAGAGUAGAUGUUUAUUGAUUAUCACUAGAGUAUCCAUGUUUCGUGGUUGAGGAACUUUUAUUUCACAUCAGUGGUGAAUAUGGACUUAACGAUCCCGAAAAAGACUAAUAUCCUAUGACUCCACUUUGGUUUUGAGUGACUGUGGGAAUAAGGCCAUACGGACCAAACCCUAAAGUUAAGGACUCAGGAAGGGGUUCUGCAGGAAAACCGUUUGCUAUGAUAUGAGCACCCAAAGAUUUCCCGUCCUCACACAAACCAUGACAGUGCUCUCGCAAGUCACUUACCACCAAUCAGUUCUUUACUUCGAACUGUUGAAUUCCACUUAUUUCCUCAUUAGAUAGAUUUCUAAGAGAUCCAUUCUGUUAAGUGAAUCUUUGUUUAUUUCAUAUGGAAAUCACGGAUCAUACUUGAAACGUUUGUUUUCAUACGUAUAGGACUGUUCUAAGUGUGCGUAUAUAUCGAAGGCGUUUCAGGUUCGAACCCCGUUCCAUCUUUUUUUGACUUAGGCAAUCGGGUAGCAUCGUAAUAAGUGUGGUUUGUAGACUGGUACAUUAAACAUUCAGUGGACCAAGUUACACUUGCAAAUGUGCCUGUUGUUCGCACUGCUCAUGCAACUGAUCGGAAACGUAGCCUCACAAUUACGGUAUUUAAAAAGUGUUUGCAAAGAUCUUAGGCUCACUAAGAACGUUUGUAGUAAUUAACAAGCUUCGAAAUUUCAUACUGCAACUUUGGAUUAAGCUAGUGCUUUCAUUCUGAUGACCACCUGCUCUAGACAUCAUUUAGCUGACUUAUCAUUCAGUAGUUUGCGGAAACAAAUAAUCAACGUUCUGCUUGGUGCAGUUCUUGAAUGAGUUAUAUUUUCUCACAGUUCCUUCACUUGUCCGCUCUGUUAAUUCGAUUCGUACGUAGUUCAAUCAGUGUAGUUUUAGAGGGGAAAAAAACGCAAGAACCAACUUAUAAUAUUUCCAACACCUAAAUGGAUACAUUUCUGUAUUUGCCUAUUGAUGAACUACUUUUUCUAUCGUUUGAAUUUUGUGAUUUUACAGAUGUACUGCCUGUGCAUUGCGUGGUUAAAAACGUUUAGUGAAGAAAAACAACAUUUGUGGAGUGAUUUGGCCGUGCGAUCUAAUCAUAAUAUUAGUAGACGUUAUUUUAUAUCACUAUCAUGACUGCAUUUAGAAUAAAAUGAUAAAUCAAAAAGGCA